CUUGGCUAACUUCGCAGUGAUGGGUAGAAACGGAUUUUGGUCAGAUGCACACAGAGAGACAGACCCGGACGGGACCUGACCUCCUCCUCCUCCUCGUUCCAAAUAGAAAUAUCAGUCGGUCAUUUGGAUGGGAAAUAUGUCUGGCUCAUCAAGCCCUUCUUACCAGGAGGCUUCACGUUUCCCCGUCCCCGUUGCGCCUCCGCAGCCAGACGAAGCAUGAGCUCUCCUCCGACGCGGAUGUUUCAACUGAAAGUCGACCCGCUCACCGGACAAUCAGAAUGGGUCAUCAUCGACGAAGAAGACACCGGGGGAGGGGGCCAUACCGGUACAAGUACAACCCCCUCAAAAUCACUUCUCGCAACCACGUCGUAUCUCGACAUGCUCAACGACACUCGCCGCAACAGAGCCUUCCGUCAGGCCAUCGACAACACCGUCACUAAACCCUGCCACGUUCUUGAUAUAGGUGCGGGAACAGGGUUGCUAUCAAUGAUGGCAGCUCGGGCCAUGGGCCUCUGUGACUCUGAGACUGAGAGUAAGGAGAGGUCGGGCUCAGACGGGUUGGUUACAGCUUGUGAGGCAUACCUACCCAUGGUCAAAUUAAUGAGGAGGGUUCUCCGGGCGAACAAAAUGGAGAGGAAAAUACGCAUCUUACAUAAGAGGUCGGAUGAGGUCGAAGUUGGCAUAGACAUCCCCUCGCGUGCUGAUAUACUUGUCAGUGAGAUUCUAGACUCAGAGUUACUAGGUGAAGGGCUGAUUCCAACCCUACAACAUGCACAUGAUCAUCUAUUAGUUGAGAAUCCACAAACAGUACCUCACCGGGCAACAGUUUUUGCUCAGCUUGUCGAGUGCACACAUUUAAGGAGGAUGCACAAUUUGGUAAACAGAGAAGCGGAAGCAUUAGAUGGAAUUCAUCUUGUUCCGAGUGGGAUGGAUGAGUUUAUAGGUAUCAAACAGAAGCAGUAUGCGUUUCAUUGUGAUGCAAUUAAAGGCGAAAUCAAAUUGCUUUCAGAACCCUUUGAAGUUUUUGAAUUUGAUUUUUGGAGAAGACCAGACAGUUUUCGUGAAACUGAGCUGCACAUAAAAGCCACAAAUGAGGGUAUAAUUCAUGCUAUCAUCUCAUGGUGGUUGCUUCAACUAGACAGCGAAGGCACUGUAUUCUAUUCAACUGCUCCAAAUUGGAUACACUGCAGUGAUGCAAAAGGUACUCAAAAUUGGUGCGACCAUUGGAAACAAAGUGUUUGGUUCUGCCCAAGAUCAGAUGCCUUGCAUGUAGUCAAAGAUGAGGAGCUUCAAUUGCGUGCUGCUCAUACUGAAACAAGCAUCUUGUAUAAUUUAAAUGCUUCACGAGACAAGAAAGAGUUUCCACAUCACUAUUUCAAUGCAGAGAAUUGCCAGAUUGUUCUGUCUCCUGGAAGAAAUGCCUUAUAUGGCGAUAGUGCUUGGAGAUGCAUCAUGUGUGAUGCCAUUAAGAGUGCUUUGCAUCAGACACAAUCUCCAUUGUGUUUAGUUGCAGACGAUAGCAUUUUCUUGUCGGUUGCUAUUGCUCAUCUUUCCAAGAGUUUGCAGUUACUUGCAUUAUUUCCUGGACUUGGAAAGAAGGCUGUGCAAUAUCUGCAAUUGGUUGCUGCAGCAAAUAGCUACUCUAGGGACUGUAUAGUCUUUAUAAAUGAUAAGGAUUUGCACUUGAUUCUGCAAGCUUCACAACAGAAAAAGAUUAAUCUGUUUGUUGCAGAGCCAUUCUAUUAUGGAAAUGAUAAUGCUCUUCCCUGGCAAAAUUUACGAUUUUGGAAGCAAAGAACCUUACUUGAUUCCUUUCUAUCAAAAGAUGCACUCAUAAUGCCUUGUGGAGGCCUGCUGAAAGCUUGUGCGAUGUACCUUCCAGACCUCUGGCAAAGCCGAUGUUGCCUGAAAGAAAUUGAAGGAUUUGAUCAUUCAUGUGUCAAUGCUGAACUGGGAGGCUGUGGAGGUUUACCCGCUGGAGAUAGUGGUCCUAUGCUCCCCUUUUUUGUUUGGCAGUGUGGGGAAACUAAGAUACUCAGUGAUGCGCCCACCCUCUUGGAGUUUGAUUUCUCGAAACCAAUGAGCCCAUGUUCUGGAAAGACAUUGGUUCAAUUUACAGAGUCUGGAAUAUGCCAUGGAUAUGUCCUUUGGAUUGAUUGGGUCAUGGAUGCGGAGGGCAAACACAUUUUGUCAACAGGGCCAGAUAAAAGGUAUUGGAGGCAAGCCGUGAAGCUUCUGAAUGACCCUGUGGAGAUUAAGGACUGCAAUUCUUCAAUGGUUGAGGCCUUUUUUGAUCCAUCCAGUGGCGAACUCACUCUGCAACAUGCAUGCCCCCUUCCUUAAAAGUUGAUCCAAGCAUUCAUCACCUGUUUUAGUGUUUUGCUGCUGAUGCUGCUGGUGGAUUGAAAUCCGGCAUAUGGCGCAGAAAUCAUGAUGAGUAGUAACUCAAAAAAAAAAAAGGCUUGUUAGGACAAAGCAUUCAUCAAGGGAAGUCUUCAGUGAUGUGGAAGGAAAACAAUGCCUGUCAACCAUCAUCAUGUUUUAGAAGAGCUCAUCUCAUGAAAUGGGCAGGGAUCAUGCAUUCAUUAUUCAAAAAUUCUCAUUUAGCUUGUGGAAUGCCAAAAAUGAUCAUUAAUCUGA